UGCUGCGUUUACUGCAUCAUACUUAAAAUCGGCGAUCAGAACCGCUCAGAAAUACACUGGGUGUAUGUGUGCGUGUGCUUGAUUCACGGUUAUGCGCCACAUGUCGGAGAAAUGUUUCACUCCCCCCAAAGAGCGCUGUCGUCACUGGUCAGAUUCCCCGCAGCAGCUUCCUCCCGAAAGUGGGAUCCACCGCCGUGGAGGGAGGAGGUCUCCGCACUCCUCCAACAACUCUCCAACCCGAGCUCAGAGGAAGGAGGACUCGGUCCGAGGCGGAGGACUCGCUCUCUCUCUUCUGAAGAUGUGAACACAAACAGCGACUCGUACAAUACCUCCCUUUUUUUUUAAAAAAAAUUAAUUUAUUUUUUCUAAAAAAAAUAUUUUUAAAAAACCAAGGAAGUGAAUUCUGGUAAAUGCAAAUCGCAGAAUUCGAUAUUUUUUUUUAUUUUUAUUUUUUAUUUUUUAUUUUUUUUUUCAUUCGCUAUGGCAGUUGAGUCCACAUCCGGGCCACAAUGCUUUGACUCCAUUAUUGUCUAAAAACUGGCGGAGGGGUUCUUAAACCUUUCUUUUUUUAUUCUUUAGCGACACAUUUUUAUUUUUGUAUUUUUUUGUAUUUUUUUUUAAUUAUUUUUUUUUAUAUACUGCGGUGAAGGCCGGGACCUAGAGGAGAUGUCUAACCAAGGAGUUCGGCGGAAUGGGCCGGUGAAGCUGCGAUUAACAGUCCUCUGUGCCAAAAACCUGGUGAAGAAGGACUUCUUCCGCCUACCAGAUCCCUUUGCCAAGGUGGUUGUGGACGGUUCGGGACAAUGCCACUCGACAGACACUGUGAGGAACACGCUUGACCCCAAGUGGAACCAACACUAUGAUCUAUACAUCGGAAAAUCGGAUUCAAUCACGAUCAGCGUCUGGAACCACAAGAAGAUUCAUAAGAAGCAAGGAGCUGGCUUCCUGGGAUGUGUCCGCCUGCUGUCCAACGCCAUCAACCGCCUUAAAGACACGGGCUACCAGAGGCUAGACUUGAACAAGCUGAGUCCAAACGACAGCGACACAGUCAGAGGCCAGAUAGUGGUGAGCCUGCAGUCGAGGGACCGGAUAGGCACGGGAGGUCCUGUGGUGGACUGCAGUCGACUCUUUGACAACGAUCUUCCCGAUGGCUGGGAGGAGAGGAGGACGGCGUCUGGACGAAUCCAGUACUUGAACCACAUCACACGCACCACACAGUGGGAGAGGCCUACCAGGCCUGCGUCCGAGUACUCCAGCCCGGGCCGGCCGCUCAGCUGCAUCGUGGACGAGAACACGCCCAUCAGCACGAACGGCGCCACGCCCACCACGGCGCUGCCGCCCAGCAACGGCGAGCAGCGGGCCCAGGAGAGACGCGUCCGCUCGCAGAGGCACCGCAACUACAUGAGCAGGACUCACCUGCACACGCCGCCGGACCUCCCGGAGGGAUACGAGCAAAGGACGACGCAGCAAGGCCAGGUUUACUUUCUCCACACUCAGACAGGCGUCAGCACGUGGCACGACCCCAGGGUGCCCAGAGACCUGAGUAAUGUGAACUGCGAGGAACUGGGUCCUCUACCGCCGGGAUGGGAGAUCAGGAACACGGCCACCGGGAGGGUUUACUUUGUGGACCACAACAACCGGACCACGCAGUUCACAGACCCGCGGCUCUCCGCUAACCUGCAUCUAGUCCUAAAUCCGAGCCCCAACGGUUCCCGAGGAGUCAUCGAAACUCAGAAUGUCAGUCGUCAGAACCAGCUGAAGGAUCAGGCCCAGCAGGCUCUGGUGUCCCCCGGUCAGCUCCCAGAGGAGGCCGAGUGCCUCACGGUGCCCAAGUACAAGAGGGACCUUGUUCAGAAGCUCAAGAUCCUUCGCCAGGAACUGUCCCAGCAGCAACCGCAAGCUGGCCACUGCCGCAUCGAGGUGUCCCGAGAGGAGAUCUUUGAGGAAUCGUACCGACAGGUGAUGAAGAUGAGGCCGAAGGACCUGUGGAAGAGGCUAAUGGUGAAGUUCAGAGGGGAAGAGGGGCUCGACUACGGAGGAGUGGCCAGGGAGUGGCUCUACCUGCUGUCACAUGAGAUGCUGAACCCGUACUACGGCCUGUUCCAGUAUUCCCGCGACGACAUCUACACGCUGCAGAUCAACCCUGAUUCCGCCGUAAACCCUGAGCACUUGUCGUACUUUCACUUCGUGGGUCGCAUCAUGGGGAUGGCGGUGUUCCACGGCCACUACAUAGACGGAGGUUUCACUUUACCCUUCUACAAACAGCUGCUGGGUAAACCCAUCACUCUGGACGACAUGGAGUCUGUCGACCCCGACCUGCACAACAGCCUCGUCUGGAUCCUGGACAACGACAUCGCAGGUGUGCUGGACCACACCUUCUGUGUCGAACACAACGCUUACGGCGAGAUCAUCCAACACGAGCUGAAGCCCAACGGUAAAAGCAUCCCCGUCACCCAGGACACCAAGAAGGAGUACGUCCGCCUCUACGUCAACUGGCGCUUCCUGAGAGGCAUCGAGGCUCAGUUCCUGGCUCUGCAGAAGGGCUUCAACGAGGUCAUCCCCCAACACCUGCUCAAGGCCUUCGACGAGAAGGAGCUGGAGCUCAUCGUUUGUGGUUUGGGUAAAAUCGACAUCAACGACUGGAAGUCCAACACGAGGCUCAAACACUGCACCCCGGACAGCAACAUCGUCAAGUGGUUCUGGAAAGCCGUGGAGUCUUUUGACGAGGAGCGCCGGGCCCGACUCCUGCAGUUUGUCACGGGCUCCUCCAGGGUCCCCCUUCAAGGCUUCAAGGCCCUUCAAGGUGCAGCCGGCCCACGACUCUUCACCAUCCAUCAAAUCGACGCCAGCACCAACAACCUGCCCAAAGCCCACACCUGCUUCAACCGGAUCGACAUUCCUCCGUACGAGCAUUACGACAAACUGUACGACAAGUUGCUGACGGCCAUCGAGGAGACGUGCGGCUUCGCUGUGGAGUGAGACGUUUGACGGUGAGCUGAGCUCGCGACGACAACGAGGAGCAACACGGUUUCGGCCUCGACGAGCCACUCGGACGGACACGGGGUGGGAGGGGGGACGUCGACCGUUGCUUCGCCCGGGGGGGACGCUCAUAACCUCCUGGGGGACAAGCUAAGAGAGAGGGGGAGGGGCUUAGACGACCAGAGAACGUACGUCACCUGACUCUGGGUUUGUUUUCUUUCAAGAUUUCAAGAAGCCCUCCCUAAAAUCUUUUUUUUUUUUUUUUUUUUAA